AUGUCUUAUAUGAAGCAGCAGCGCGGCACACUGAUUGUUCUAGAGCUUAGUGACCCGUCAAACUUUCUAUUGAAAUCUGUCACGCUUGACACUCUCAAGGAGCGUUUCCGAGUGGAGGAUGCGCGAUCUGUUUCUAAGCAGAUCUCCUAA